AUGGCGCCCACCCAGGUGCAUUCCCACCGUUCGACUACCAAGGUCUCCCACAAGCCUUUCAAGAGCAAGCAUGCCUCGAAGAGUGCUUUGAAGGAUCUUGCGAAAGUUCCGCUCACCCCCACUAUCGAUGUCACUGCUGUAAUUCGCUCGCUGAAUGAGAGUGUCGAUAUCACUUCCGAAAUUUCCUCCGAAGGUGCUACCCGGGUGCGGGUUGAUCGUUUCAAGCAAAGUCUGCACUUCUUCCCCGCCAAAUAUGACCUGAUCAGUGCGCUGGAUGUGUGCCGCCUGGCCGAUUUCGUGGUCUUGGUCGUGUCUUCUGAGGUGGAAGUGGAGGAGGAGGGUGAGACUCUGCUGCGCUCGAUCGAGGGCCAGGGUAUCUCCAACGUCGUUACAGUGGUUCAAGGUCUCGACAACAUCAAUCCGGCCAAGAAGCGGCCCCAAGUCGCCUCUUCCCUGAAGUCUUUCGUCAACCACUUCUUCCCUGCUGUCGAGAAGGUCAUGUCUCUUGACUCUCGACAGGAAUGCUCCAAUGCCAUUCGAUCCCUCUGCACUGCUACACCAAAGGGUAUCCGAUGGCGUGAUGAGCGUAGCUGGAUGUUCAUCGAGAAUGUUCAGUGGCCAGAGACCAGCUCCGAGCUGGUGGAUGAUGUUGUGGUUACUGGUGUUGUCCGUGGUCACGGUCUGAAAGCUGACCGUAUCGCCCAUAUCCCUGGAUGGGGUGAUUUCCAGAUUGACUCAAUUACUGCUGCUCCUUUGCCGACCACCAAGGGCAAGCGAGAUGACGCCAUGGCUGUCGAUACCAAUGAGACCACACAGGUCUUGGAUACCCCUUCCGCAGACCAGGACGACAUGGCUACUAUUGCCCCUGAAGAAAUUGAGAUGGACGACGACGUCGUCUCUGUGGCCGAGACUGAUCGCAAGGGUGUCUUGCUUGAUGACUACCACUACUUCUCUGAUGAUGAUUCACAUAUGCCCGCAGUGCCUAAGAAACUGCCAAAGGGUACCUCCAAAUACCAGUCCGCCUGGUAUGUUGAGGAUGUGUCAGAUUCUGGAUCCGACAUGGAGGAUGAAGACGAGGAAAUGGAAAUGGACACAGCCGGCGCGCCUGAAGAUGGUAUCUUCCCCGAUAAUCAGGAUGCCAUGACCGAGGGCGGUCCUUCUGAAUACCCACAGUCGGAGAUGUUCCUUGACCCCUCUCCCGAAGAUGAGGCACAGGAACUGGCAGAGUAUCGAGCCAGCCGCAAAACAGAGGCCGAGGAAGAUUUGGAAUUCCCUGACGAGAUCGAGCUGCACCCCAACGUAGCGGCCAGAGAGCGCCUUGCCCGAUUCCGAGGUCUCAAGAACCUCAAGAUAAGUCCUUGGGAAACCUCCGAAGAUCGUCCCUACGAGCCCGAAGAAUGGCGCCGCCUGCUGCAAUUCGGCGAUUGGAAGGGCACCAAGAACCGCGUCCUUCGCGAAGCUCUGGCUGGUGGUGUGAACCCUGGUAUUCGAGUCGAUAUUCACUUGCGUGCCGUACCAGCAGCCCUGCGCCAGAAGGCCCAGCCCAACUCGCUUUUCUCACUCCUUCGUCACGAGCACAAAAACACUGUUGUCAACGUCAACUUGACCCUGAGCUCCAGCGUCGAGGCACCUCUCAGGUCAAAGGAGGAGCUCAUUGUCCAGAUCGGUGCUCGCCGAAUGGUCGUCAAGCCCAUCUUCUCCGCCGGCGACAACACCCCCAACAACGUCCACAAAUUCGACCGCUUCCUGCACCCUGGCCGCAGCGCCAUGGCUACAUGGAUUGGUCCCAUGAUCUGGGGCGCUGUCCCCAUGCUGGUCUUCAGGAACAAGAAAUCCGAGGCAGACGAGGAGAUGCUCGACUCCGCAGAGGCCAGCCAACCCAGCCUCGAAGGCCUCGAGCUCAUCGGCACCGGCACCGUGGUUGCGCCAGACCAGAAGCGCGUGAUUGCCAAGCGUGCCAUUCUCGCCGGCCACCCUUACAAGAUUCACAAGAAGGUCGUUACCGUCCGGUACAUGUUCUUCAACUCCGAGGACGUCGCGUGGUUCAAGGCCUUGCAACUGUGGACCCGCCGUGGCCGCAGCGGUUAUAUCAAGGAGAGUCUUGGUACGCAUGGUUACUUCAAGGCUACUUUCGAUGCCAAGAUCAACCCGCAAGACUCUAUCGGCAUCAGCUUGUACAAGCGUGUCUUCCCUCGUCCGGCCCGGGCUAUCGAGGAGAUCGGUGCGUAG